UGAAAUUAGAAAAAAAAAAUAGAAAAAAAAAAGAAAAAAAAAAGGAGAAACAAAAGAAUCGGGAGGUUUGUUACAGAAGAUUGGUUUCGCUCAACGAACGCUUCAACGGCAUAAUUUGCCGGCCAACCAACACCCCAAAAAAUUAAAAAUUGAAAAAAUAAUCCCUUUUCUCUCUCAUUUCUGUCUUCGAGAUCUCUCAGUUCUGCUGAAUUCUCUCGUUUUUCAAUGGCCUUUUUUGAAUAACAAGAACAAGGAAAAGAAGAAACAAAAGCGAAUUUUGUGUUAAAGAAGAAGAGGAAGAGGAAGAAUUGUUGGCAUUGGUGUAGAGUUGUGUGUGUUCUGAUUACAAUUACUGCCCUCAGAACGAAAAUUUUAAAAAAGAGAUGAGCGCAUCGAGGUUUAUCAAGUGCGUCACGGUUGGUGAUGGUGCCGUUGGUAAAACUUGCCUUUUGAUUUCUUACACCAGCAACACCUUCCCUACGGAUUAUGUGCCAACUGUUUUCGACAAUUUCAGUGCAAAUGUGGUCGUCAACGGUGCCACUGUUAACCUGGGGUUGUGGGAUACAGCUGGGCAAGAGGAUUACAAUAGAUUAAGACCUUUAAGUUACCGUGGAGCCGAUGUUUUCAUACUGGCAUUCUCCCUCAUUAGCAAGGCCAGUUACGAAAAUGUUUCUAAGAAGUGGAUUCCGGAGUUGAAACAUUAUGCACCUGGGGUCCCAAUUGUUCUUGUGGGCACAAAGCUUGAUCUUCGGGAUGACAAGCAAUUCUUUGUAGACCACCCUGGUGCUGUGCCUAUUACUACAGCUCAGGGAGAGGAACUGAGGAAGCUGAUUGGUGCGCCUGCUUACAUUGAAUGCAGUUCUAAAACACAGCAGAAUGUGAAGGCAGUCUUCGAUCAAGCAAUCAGAGUUGUCCUCCAACCACCCAAGCAGAAGAAAAAGAAGAGCAAAGCGCAAAAGGCGUGUUCCAUAUUGUGAUUGAGAUGGAUACGUGAAACUAACAGCCUCGGUUCUACCUAUGUUCUGCUUUUUUCCCUUUCCCCGUUGCUCUUAUAGAAGCUCAAUUAUUGUUCCAGCAGAGUAACUAGGAUCUCUGUGAAGCAUCAGGUGGUUUGGUAUUUGCUUUCUUGGAUCAUUCUGGAUGUCUAACUGUUGAAUUCUGUUAUGUAAUUGCCCACCUUCUCUUCCGACGGUUUUGAUAUUUUUAUGUAUUAAUAUACUGGUACUAUCCCAGUUAGGAGAAAAAAAAAAACAAAUUUGCCUCGCAUGGAUUCUAUCUAUUCAUAUCAUUUUCAAGAGCUUGGCUAUGUUAUGCUGCCAAUUUGAAGCUCAAUUUAUUAGCAACUUGCUAGUUUCUGAUUCAAGUUAUUGUAGGUUUAUUCCAUUAAAUAUCUAUUGUUUCUUCAUUA